AUGACACUAAGCAACAGCGCCGAGAAGUCUACAAGCACUCAUAAGCAACCCAUCACGACAGAAACCGACAAUGAUGACUGGGAAAUCGUGAAUGAAAAGGGAAGCGAACUGUCGGGCGAUCAAGCCAAGAAGGAGAGUGACUCUGAAAAGGGCACUGAAGAAUCUUCGAAAGAAAUGUCUGAAGACGAACAUAAGAGAGAAUUGACAAAGGCAAAGUGGGAGGGCAUGCAACAGCAGGCGGGCGGGGUAUAUCCUCACCGAGAGGUCAAAGUACCAACCUAUCCGAAAUUCACUGGAGAUUGGUAG